CUUGCUUUGUGCGGACCCGCGGGCGCCAUGUGCUUCUGCCAUACUGAUUAUUGUUGCAAUCUGUUGGCUUUCUGCUGUGAAGCUGUUGGGUUGACCCUGCCAUAUGGAAUGUUCUGUGUUGACAUGACGUGGGGGAAGGGUAAGCGAGUCGCGUCUACCACCGAUAACGACGAGCUAUCCGCGACAAAGGAACCUUGGGAACUACGUAUGCGCUCGGCUUGCGGGACCGACGUCGAGCUUUGAAUAUGGUAACUUGGAUUGACAACAGUAUAAAUUAAGCUUUGAAAUUAACUGAGAUCUGAGUGCCUGGGCUUUCGUCUUGGUGUUCCUCUCCAAUGGCGCGACGGAAUGCGACCAGCGCGCCUGUCGCCGUCGCAAGCAAGCAAAACCAAGAUGAAGAGGAAGUUGCGGAAGACGGUGAUUGGGAGCAAUUUGUUUAUGCAGAGCGGUUAGUUGCUGAUUCUGUCGCAACAGAAGACCAAGGCGAAUUCUCGUUACUGCUCCGAGAGCAACUAGAUGCCGAACAAGAAGACCCAGAAGAAGAGGACGAAGACGAGGACGUCAGCGACAACGUUCUUAACGUGUUGAACAACGCCACAAGCACACCUCGCACCUCAAGUCGAGCUUUACAAGACGACGAGCCACAACAGGACCCCCCGUUUUCUAUACGGAAGCGAGUUACUGGGUUAUUCACUGAGGGCUUGCGACUUCUGGGCAGCAGCGGCUCCAGACCAAACGACAACGACAUCACUGACGACACAAGCCCCGCGGAGGCAAGAGACGACAACAUGCAACUACGAUCCACUUCAGCCUCAGCUAGCAAAGCUCCCAAUAAACUUAGUCGCCCGUCGGUGCUGCACCAGCCUCUCAACACGUACAAACCAUCGCCACAAGGCUCUGGGAAACCGGAUGUCUACGACCUACAUGCAUCACCAGAGAAGGCGGCGACAACGCCCACCAGAACUCAGUCGAAACAAGCUCAGGGCGUGAAGCGCAAGAGGAAUAAUACAGCAGCAGCAAAGAAGCCGCCUCCUAAAGAACAAAUAAAGGCAGAAGCUCCAACCAGAGUCACCAGGAGUCGAGGGUCUGGUGAGAUCGUCGAACCUAUUGAUUAUUCGAGAAAGGUUGAAGACACGGGCAAGCGGAAGCGGAGUGGUGGCACAGUUGGUGUCGAGCCGCCACCGAGGGCGAGCCGCAAGAGAAAUAAGAAGGUUAUAGAAGAUGAGGUCGAUGAAUCGGAGGAUGGAGACAGACCCAGCACCCCAGGCAAUCAGAAUCUCGCCGAGGAGGACAUCCCAGCCGAGGAAGCUGCGAGUCCGCCAACAUUACAGAAACCCCACGCCGUAGACGAAUUGCCAGAAGCCACACCUAGCGUCUCGGACAAAGGAUCACAAUCUAGUGCCGCCUCGGGGCCGUCCGAUGCAACCGCCAAGAGUAUAAAGAAAGGCAAAAACGCAACCGUCGAGGACAAAGAAGACCCAGACGAUCAAGACUUCGAAGACAGUGGUAGCGGUGUCGAAUAUAGUGGGAGCGAAGGGGAACUUGAACCUGAGAGCGAAGAAGAAGCUGAAUCUAAGACCGAAGAAGAACUUAAACCUAAGACCGAAGGAAUAUCGCCUAUCAAUGCUGCAAUUCCCAGGAGGAAGCGCCAAGGCGAACUACAAAUCUCUAUAAAGUCCCCUUAUUUUGGGAAUGACUUUAUAGCCGCUAGCAACAUCAUAAAGGUCACGGAGUUGGUUGACAAACUUGGGAUGAAUCAACCCAAAGAUACACAAAAUGAUACAGAGCCCCUGAGGAAGGCCGACACUUUUGAUGGAAAAGAGAUACAGGUCUUAACGAGGAACAUCAUCUCUUCAUACGAGUCAAUCCAGGGCCUCGACGAACAUGAAGACCCCGAUCCUGUUGCUCGAACCGAGGCGCUCUGUUCAGCUGCCAGAGACCUUGACAGGUUAGAAGUCACCGUGCGGAGAAUUAUAGAGAAGAAGCUUUGCGAUCCCGCCAAACUUGCUGCUCGUUACGGCGGAGAUAAAGGCGAGAAGUGGCGCAAAAGAAUGCUGAAAGAUCUGUUCCUGUUCGUCAUGCCAGACAUCAUCAGGGCAGCAUCUGCAGCCAUAUUCACAUAUGGCUCCGAGGGGCCUCCGGGCACCUUUGAUCUAAAGGAGAUAUUACGGUACAUAUCACUAGUGUCGAGGCUGCUUGUCAUAGUCGAGGAUCCGAAUAACAAAGAUCAUCGCCCAGUAGCAGCCCAUAACACUGCCCUUCCAAUCCGAAGGCCAUACAUGAGCAUCAAGCCCCUCCUACUAGGCUUCGAGAUUCAAUGCAAACAAGAAUUACAGCAUCGAGAAGAUGUGGCCGAAGCGGAGCGACAAGCUCCCAUACUGGAGAGGGAGCGGAGAAAACGAGAAGAGGCGGAACGGUUGGCGGCGGAAGAGGCUCAGAUUGAGCACCAGAGGCGACAGGAAGAGAUCAAUGAUGCAUUCAACCAAGAGAGGAUGAAAUACGGGCUAGCUCCAGUACCGUUGGCAGGCACCCAGGUGUCUCAGAAACCCCAGCCAUCCGAACCGCCACAGCCGACUGAACCCCACCAGGCGCAAGAGCUUAAUAUCACGGCGCACCGCAUACGUGCAGAGGAGGAAGUGAGCGUGCUGGCGAAGGAAGUGGAGGCGCUGACGAAGAAGCUUGAAACGGCCGAGAGACGGGCUACGAAGCUGAGACGAGAGGAGCAGCGCCAGCUCAGGGGCUAUGAUGCAGAUGACGCGCAUGAGAUUGACUACGAGAGGGUGGAGAUGUUCCCGGCUGGCAAUAAUAACGCUCCUGUCACCAAACCUUGGACUAAGACUGAGUACGAGGUGCUGGCGGAUGGGCUCAGGUUGGAAACAGGGCCUGAUAAAUACCCAAAUAUUGCGAGGAGGUUGGAUAGGAGCUUCGACGAGAUUUUCGAGAAGGCAUUAGAGUUUAAGAGGGUCAUAAUCGAGACUCUCUAUGUGCCGAAAGGGAUACCAGUCCCAGCGUGGAUUGAAAUCAUUGGUAACGAGAUGUUACCCAGGGGGAGGGAGUGAGACCAGCGCGAUGGCGGGGUGUGCGUCAGAGUGGCUCUUUCUUUACACUGUCCAGAUACCCUAUUUCACGAAGCCAUGAUAUUAUUUGCCCGGACACGUUCGUGGCACUGUGCAUUCCACGCUGUCUUCCACCACCACUGUGUGACGACGACCAAUCUUGCCGUGCUAUCCAAAUUGAACCGCGUGCAUCGUGCAUACGAUACCCGUGACGACGUACAUGCGUGAAGAUUUUCUAGUCUGCUUUCUUAGUUUUUUCUUCUUCCUGGCAGGCUUCCGAAACGAGCUCUGAGCUGGCAUAUUGGGUCGUGGUCGGGGCGAGUGGAUUCGACUCCACGGCGCUCGUUGUUAGCGGCCUAACGGUGACGCUGGAUGCGGUUGAUGUGUUGUAGGCUAACGCGACGCGCAGAACCCUUUUUUCAGGGUCCAGUAGGAAGCGUCAGACUGCCAGGGCGGGUGUAGAAAGUGGGGGUUUUUUCUGGGGGUCCUGGACGGUGCAAGGUCCACAUUGCAGAUGGUAGAGCGGCUUGGGCCCAUCAUCGAGGGCACGGUGUGUAAAUCAAUAUAGUUCGGAGCAAAUAAUUGCGAUGGCUGGCCGUGGAUAAAUAAGUUACUCGUUAUUAUGACGAAGUAAAUACAGACGGAAAGAGCGGUAAGCCGGGUGUCGCGUCGGUAUGUUUUGAAGCUACUAUUAGAGCGACUAUAUCGACUAUAUUGAAUAUAGUGACAAUAAUAGCGGGUAGUAGAGUAAUAGCGUGUUUAUAGGAAAUGAUUUGUGACUAUUUUGGAUGAUUUGGGUGUGAUUUGGG